AUGACGAGCCAGAAUGAUCCAGGCUGUAUCCCCCCGCCUUUGCCCGCCGCUUGCCGUGGCUCUUUCAAAUGCUACGUGGAAGCCAAGAGCCAACUGUACGAGGUCUUCUGGGAAGGCUCUCAAUGUUAUCCCGAUUUUGACAGCGUCGAAUUGGGACCCGUUAUCAUGAGCGAUGAAAUGGCUUUGACAUGGUCUCACUCGGACUUGGUUGACUUCGGAUCGAACGCUAUUGUGCGGGAAUGCCACCAAGGGGAUUUCACGAUUGCGAAAAUCGCGCACCCUACCACCGAGGCUCGACAACUAAUACAACACGAGUACGACUUCAUGCGAAAUCUCGCUGAGCUCCCGGCGCCAAAAGUUGAUCCUCAGCCUCUUAUGGAUCAUGAUGGCAUAUAUUGGGUUUCGGAUGGAGUACUUGUGGAAGGUGGACUUCCAAGAACUUGGUGCAAGGGGCGAUGA